AUGCUUGUUGGUUUAAUGGCUCUUAACUCUGGUGUGUUUCUCCGUCUCAGUGGCAGUAGCGGGGGCAGCGGCGGGCGAGAGAACAGCAGUAAUAGUAUGGGAAUCCCUCUGGCUGUGCCAACACCCUCCCCUCCCAGUAUGGCACCAGCAGUUCCUCCAGGUCCAGGUUUGGGCCCGAUCCCGAUGUCUCAGUUUGGAACAAUCUCCCGACAGAUCUCCAGACACAAUUCCUCUACCACUUCUUCCUCUGCCUCUAUGGUGUCAGCCACCGGCACCUACCGGCGCGCCCCUGCCAGCUCCUCCCAGUUCUCCGUGCCUCAGCCCCACCUGAACGGGGGUCCCGCGUACCCCCAGACCACAAGUGAGUUCAGUUCCACGUUAGGGAGCGAUCUUUAGGGACCCUAAAAAGUACUUGGACAACUAAAGGCAUCGUUCAUCCAGUCAUGAAUUACUUUUUUAUUUAAAGUGGUGUUUUUUCUCUUUAGUUGAGCAGAUUUUUAGCUAAUACUGUGUUUCUCUGUAACUUAAAAAUUGUAAUUCAGCAGCUGCUGUGUUAGGACCCGUCCGCACGAAGAUAAUACAUUAAAAUAACACACCAAUUUUCAAUACU